CUCCCCGUGGAGGCGGGGCGGUGCUGCUGCCUGGAGCGGGCACGCGGCGUCCCCGCGGCAGAGCGCAGGCAGCAUCUGGCCGCCGCUGGGUGCUCUGCUGCGGAGCGCGCCGCUCUCGGGACGAGCCCAGCUACCAGCGGCUGGAGUGAAGGAUGUUCUCCUCUGGGAAGCCCUACGAGAAUCAGCACUUCUCGGCCCUGAAGAAAGACUGCCAGCGGCAGAAGGUGCUCUUUGAGGACCCGCUCUUCCCCGCCACUGACGACUCCCUCUUCUACAAGUCACGCAUUCAAGGCAUCCAGUGGAAACGUCCGAAUGAGAUCUGCGACGACCCCUAUCUCUUUGUGGAUGGAAUCAGUUCCCAUGACUUGCACCAGGGCCAGGUCGGGAACUGCUGGUUCGUGGCAGCCUGCUCCUCUCUGGCCUCCCGGGAAUCUCUGUGGCAGAAGGUCAUCCCAGACUGGAAGGAACAGGAGUGGAAUGCCGAAAAACCAGAGAACUAUGCCGGGAUUUUCCACUUCCAGUUCUGGCGAUUCGGCGACUGGGUGGACGUGGUGAUAGACGACCGCCUGCCGACGCUUCACAACCAGCUUAUCUACUGCCACUCCAACGCCAAGAACGAGUUCUGGUGCGCGCUGGUGGAGAAGGCCUAUGCCAAGCUCUCCGGGUGCUACGAGGCCCUGGACGGAGGCAACACAGCGGAUGCACUAGUAGAUUUUACCGGCGGCGUCUCUGAGCCCAUCGACCUGAUCGAAGGGAACUAUAUUAACGACGAAGCCAAACGAAAUCUCCUCUUUGAGCGAGUGCUGAAGGUCCACAACCGGGGAGGGCUCAUCAGCUGCUCCAUCAAAGCCACCACAGCAGCUGACAUGGAAGCCCGCCUGGACUGCGGCCUCGUCAAAGGACACGCCUACGCCGUGACGGACGUGCGGAAAGUCCGCCUGGGCCACGGCCUGCUGGCCUUCUUCAAGUCGGAGAAGCUGGAUAUGAUCCGGAUGCGGAACCCCUGGGGGGAGAGGGAGUGGAACGGCCCAUGGAGCGACACCUCUGAGGAGUGGCAGAAGGUGAGCAAGAGCGAGAGAGAGAAGCUGGGGAUGACGGUGGAAGACGAUGGGGAGUUCUGGAUGACAUUUGAAGACUUCUGCAAAUAUUUCACCGACAUCAUCAAGUGCCGUCUCAUAAACACCUCCUACCUGAGCAUCCACAAGACGUGGGAGGAGGCGGUGAUGCGCGGGGCGUGGACAAGACACGACGAGCCCCUCAAGAACCGCUGCGGAGGCUGUAUCAACCACAAAGCCACCUUCUUGCAGAACCCCCAGUACGUGUUUGAUGUGAAAAAGGCGGAAGACGAAGUGCUCUUCAGCAUCCAGCAGAAACCAAAGAGGACCAGCCGCAAAGAGGGCAAAGGAGAGAACUUGGCCAUCGGGUUUGAGAUCCAGAAGGUUGAACUGAACCGGAAUUACAGGAUGCACACCCUGCAGCAGCAAGUGGCCACCUCCAUCUACAUUAACUCCCGGAGCAUCUUCCUGAGGACAGACCUGAAGGAAGGCCGCUACGUCAUCAUUCCAACUACCUUUGACCCGGGGCACAUGGGAGAGUUCCUUCUCCGGGUUUUCACAGACGUGCCUGCAGAUUGCAGAGAACUGACCUUGGAUGAGCCUGCCCGCACCUGCUGGAGUGGAAUGUGUGGCUAUCCACAAGUGGUGUCCCAGGUCCAUGUCCUGGCAGCGGCUGGGCUGAAGAACCAGGAUUCCCAAGGAGGAGCAGACCCAUAUGUGAUCAUAAAGUGCGAAGGGAACAAAAUUCGAUCUCCAGUGCAGAAAAACACCCAGGCUCCAGAGUUUGAUGUGAAAGGUCUCUUCUAUCGCAAGAAGGCAGGACAGCCCAUCAUUGUGCAGGUCUGGAACCAUAACAUUAUAAGUGACGAGUUCCUGGGCCAGGUGGCCCUAACUGGUGACCCCGAUGACCGUCUGUCACAGCAAACCCUUCAGCUCCAAGAUAAGGGGAACAAAAAAUCCAAUGGCAUUUCAGGAAGCAUUGCUGUGAGACUGCUCAGCAGUAGCAAACUCACCAAUGUCUAGCUUCUCAAGGACUCUUCUUCUCGAGCCAUAUAUGUGAAUAUAAAAUAUAUAUAGUAUAUAUACUGCCUGCAACUAUGCAUGCAUCACACUUAAAGGGGCCAGUCUUAUGUUUUCAACGUUAAACAAGGUGCCUUUUGGGGAACCAAAAUGAUUCUUUUACUCACACGAGGCAUCAUUUGUAGCCAAUACUAUAGUGGUUCGUGCUGGUGUGAAAGCACUGGGCCUAUGGUACAUUCUGUGACAGCCAGAGUGGGAUGCCCUGAUGCUGUUUGUUUACAUGGGGAUGUCGCGCACCCCCAGAGAUGGGCAGGUUGGUCCCACCAAGCAAUAUGCCUUUUCAAUCUACCUGCUUGGUUUUAGACAACCGUAUGGAAAUUCAUCGUCACUGAAGUCUCCUUUAAUCACACAUCUGUGGAGGCAUCUGAGGAAAGUGGAUAACAGGUGGUGUAAAUGUACAUGGAAGUUUGUCUGCGUAGUGGGCCCAGGUUUGUACACUGGCUGUAGAGCAGCUGGAAGGAGAAAACAUGGGAAAAUGUCCACAGUCUUUCCAAAACAGUGAAUCCCAUCCUCCUUGGGCAGUGGCCCACCUUACCCGGCAGAGAUUAUGGCUGCACCACCCGGUGCCAGCUGUCUCACUUUCAGCUGUGUGUGGUCUACCUUGCCAAGUAUCAACCCCCGUCUUUCAUUGGUAAUUGGGAGAGGGGGAAAUGGAAUAGCCAAUUUGACCCCUUUAACUAGUUUAGUGGUCCCCAGACUGUGGGGUGCGCCCCCCUAGGGGGGUGCAGAGGAACAUCUGGGGGUGUGUGGCGGAGCCUGGGACAGCCCUCCAGGGCGGGGGGAGGGAGCGCCACCCAACCCCGCUCUGCCCCCAGCUCUGCUCCAGCCCCAGGUCCAGCUGCCCGGACACUGUCUGGUUACUCGCAGUAACUGGCCUCUACCACCGGAGGCAGAAAGAGCAGCAGGUGCUGCUGCAGCUGGAGCUGAGAGGAGCACUCAGGGAUGGCUGCCUGCCCUGAGCAUGGCUACCCUCCCCCGCCCUGCCCCAGUCACCCCCCUAACUCUGGAGCAUGGCUCCCCCUCCCCCGUCCCGCCCCACUCAC